AUGUCUAGCUCAUUUUUUGAUUCAAUCACAAGCGAGCAAAGAUGGACUGACCAGUUCAAUGAACAUUUCAUCAUAUGCAUUGAUAAUCAUGCUUCCAUCUUUCGUGUACCGAAAAAAGUAUGCGACACAAAGCCAGAAGCUUAUGCCCCUCGGCAGAUAGGCCUAGGAGCAUAUCAUCACUUUAGGCCUGAUCUUGGUGAAAUGGAGCGCAGAAAGCUUGAGGCUGUCAAGAAAUUUUUGAAGCCAGAGCAGUACCGGAAUUUCAAAAGCCUAAUUGUCGACAAGGUCAAAGUGCUUGAGCCCUUGGUACGCGCUUGCUACAGCAAGUACUUGGACAUUGAUGGCGGUACUUUGGCAUGGAUCAUGUCUAUUGAUGGUGUAUAUUUGCUUCAUCGGCUGAGCACCUAUACAGAUAAAGGAAAUGUUGAUUCGGAGGACAGGAAGUUAGCUCAGGAGCUUGUAAUGUUGGAGAAUCAAAUGCCCACAACUGUACUGAAAGAAAUACUAAAGGCUAUACCACCUCCUAGGGGACUCCCGUGCCUGAGUCCAACUAACAUAGUGGACGAGGAAGAAGAGAAGGAAAAAGGGUUAACUUUUCGCACUAUAACCGUGUCCGGGGGACUCCUAUGCCCGAGUCUAAGUAACAUAGUGGACGAGGAAGAAGAGAGGGAAAAAUGGUUAACUUUAAAGCUCCUGUGGUUCUGUAAAGCACAUACUCCUCUAGGCCUCAUUGAUAAGGAAGAAGUUGUUCGUGACACUUCUAAUCCUCAUCUUCUGAGUUAUAUGUAUAAUUUGAUUGUGAAAAAUUGGUCUUUUGGAGAUCAGGCUCCCAAUCGUCGUUUUAACCAUAGCGCAGAGGUUGCUAAGCAAGUUACACAGGUUGCAAGCGUUGCAGCUGAUUUGACGGGGCAGAAACCUCUGCAACUGUUAGCAAGUUUGCCACUGCAGCAGCUUGCUGCUCUUUUCAAAGAAGAUUCUAAAAAAGGAAACUCUUCAAUUGAGGAGAUCCAUAUACCAUCUGCUUCCCAACUUGAUGCAAUUUCCAAUGUGCAAUUUAAAGUCUGGCGUGCAGAUUCAGGCAUCAAAAUCAUGCAGUUUGAUAAAAGGAUCGGGUAA